CUCAGACGCGAAGGGUCGGUGCUGCGGCUCCGGAGCGGGUAUGGAGGGGUCUCCCCGCCCAGACUACCAGGACCCCCAUUUCCGGAGAAUGGCCCAGAUGUCUCAAGUGCAGGAACUCUUCCAUGAGGCAGCUCAGCAGGAGGCCCUGGCCCAGCCCCAGCCCCGGUGGAAGAUCCAGCUGUUCAUAUGGGAACCAGUGCCGUUCGGGACCUGGGAUGGUAUGUUCACGUCCUGCAUGAUCAACAUUUUGGGGGUUGUUCUUUUCUUGAGGACUGGCUGGCUGGUGGGAAACACGGGAGUGCUCAUGGGUGUGUUUCUGGGGUCCUUCGUCGCCCUGGUGGCCCUGGUCACAGUGCUGUCCGGCAUCGGGGUUGGGGAACACUGCGACGUGGGCACCGGCGGCGUCUACUCCAUGAUCGCGGCGGUCCUCGGCGGGCAGGCCGGAGGCGCCAUCAGGCUGCUGUACGUGUUUGGACAGUGUGUUGCAGGUGCCAUGUAUAUCACUGGCUUCGCUGAAUCCAUCUCAGAUCCGCUGAGCCUCAGGAGUCUCUGGGCCAUGCAAGGAAUUUCAGUUGCGGUGCUUCUGUCCUUGCUGGGGACUAACCUAGCAGGUGUCAACUGGGUAAUCCGCCUCCGGCUGCCCCUGUCGCUCCUGCUGGCCGCGUCCACGCUGGACUUUGUGGUGGGCUGUUUCACACACCUGGACCCAGAACAUGGUUUUAUUGGAUAUUCGCCGAACAACACUCUGCCAGAUUACAGCCCCGGCGAGUCCUUUCUCACUGUCUUCGGGGUGUUCUUCCCAGCAGCUGCAGGAGUCAUGGCCGGCUUCAACAUGGGGGGCGACCUCAGGGAGCCUGCUGCCAGCAUCCCCCUGGGCUCCCUAGCAGCUGUUGGCAUCUCGUGGUUUCUGUACAUCGUCUUUGUCCUCCUGCUGGGCGCCAUCUGCACCCGAGGGGCCCUUUGCUAUGGCUUCCUGAUAGCAGAAAAGGUGGAUGAGAUCCUGUUCCUUUUGGGCUUAUACAUCUCAUCCCUGGCCUCCUGUAUGGGAGGCCUCUACCAAGCACCCCGGAUCCUGCAGUGUAUUGCCCAGGAGAAAGUGAUUCCUGCGCUGGCCUGUCUAGGGCAAGGGAAAGGGCCAAGUAAAACACCCGUAGCUGCCAUCUGCCUGACCAGCUUGGUGACCAUGGCCUUUGUCCUUGUGGGUCAGGCAAAUGUCCUGGCCCCCAUCAUCACCAUCAACUUCAUGCUGACAUACAUCACGGUGGACUACUCUUACUUCUCCCUGCCCAUGGGCGCCUGCAGCCUCCCACAGGUGCCUGAGUCGGUGCCCAGGGAGGGCCUGGGAGCUCUCCACUGCUCUGAGCACCUGCUCCUGGACAAGGCUCCCAGCUGUGGCCCUGAGGGUGUUGCCUGGAAGCUCUCUGAGGGCACUCUGCUAGAAUUCACCAAGGACAUGGAUCAGCUCCUCCAGCUAACCAGGAAGCUUGAGAGUAGCCAGCCCAGGGGAGGAGAGAGCCGCGGGAUCCCAGAGAAUCAGAAGGGGAAGACCAAGAAGGCCACCAAGCAAACCCUCCAAGAGAGCUUCCUCUUAGACCCCAGGUCUCCUGCUUCCUUCCCUCCUGAAGGCUCUGACGGAUGGCCUACUGCCUCCUGGGAGGGGCAGGGGCCCCAUGGGAACAUGCCGAGUUCCAGAAGUGAAGGGGCUCGGCCUGGAGGAGCCUGUGGAGAACAACAGCCCAGUAAUCAGCCCAGGCCGAGUAGAGAAGAUUUCUUCCUAAAGUCCAGGCUCCAGGAACAAGAUAUCCAGAGGAGACCAACUUCAUUCUACACUUGCACAUGCAACACCUGGGUCUCCCUGUUGGGGGCUGUUGGGUCCCUUCUCAUCAUGUUUGUGAUCCAGUGGGUCUAUACCCUGGUUAACAUGGGUGUUGCUGCCAUUGUGUAUCUCUACAUUGGUUGGACCAGUUCCGGGCUUCACCUUGGUUUAGCCUCCAACUUCAGCCUUUUCAGAUGGAUGAGGUCUCUUCUGAUUCCCUCCUACAGGAACCUGCGAUCCCCCCAAGAGCAGAUAAUUUUGGCGCUGUCCCUGGCUAGCGUUGGCAUGGAGAUGACUCAGCUCACCCAGGAGAACGCAGACUUCACCACCCGGGAUCGCUAUCACCACUCCUCCCUCGUGAUCCGGGAACAGCUGAUGAUGCCUCAGUAUUAGAAUACUGAGUCAUCAGUACGAGGCAGCCUGGGAGCCUCCCCUCGUGUAGCUGUCCAGGGUACAGUGGACCCAAAUCCCAGAACCUUUGUGAAGCUGGUUCUCCUCGGUAAGAAACUCAAAGACCUGUCCUCCCCAUCAUUUUGGAUGAUGGAAAUGUGCAUUCUGGUCUGGAGCACCACGGCUAACCAGGGGAUCCACUGCAAUGGUGGUGGCCCCUGAAACACGCCUCCAGUCUGAAGAGCUCCAUGUGGACGCCAAGACUUGCAGGUGUCCAGACCAGAUUGCUUGUUCUGAGUGCCACAAUAAAUGGUUAUUUUAAA